AUGAUGUAUGCUGUACACAAAGAUAUAAAAAUGAAGCUCAGUGGGCAGUAAGAGCACACAAUCAUCAGGAGUACUACGACUGAACUUCUGCUCUUGUUUUUUUAUAGCAUCGCUUCAGUGUAGGUUCAUCCAAAUGAAGACUUUACCUCUGUGGAUAUUUGGACUUCUCCUCAUCAGCCCCACAGGAGCACAUGGACUCAACCACUUUCCAGAAAAUUUUGUUGUGGUAAAGAAGAACGACACAGUCACACUGACCUGCAGUAGUACACAGCUCACUGGAGAUGUCACAUGGAAGUUGGAAAAUGACGAGAUUGAGGUCGACGAUGAUUUCCAGCUGGACGGUCAAAAUCUGAAGGUGUCAGGUGUAGGUACACCCUCGCUAGGAAACUAUAGUUGCUGGAGUGGAGAAGCGAUGUUAUCAUCAACCCAUCUCUUGCUGGAAGCUGAGGCUGAAGAAGAAUUAGAUUCUUUCUUCCAUUGUUGGGCCAAGUCUUACGAUUGCAACUUCAGCUGUGUCUGGAACAACAGUAGAUACACAGCAGUGCGCCUUGGACUGGGCCAUGACAGCAUUGAAGGCGAGAAGUCAUAUGACUGGGUCAGCAGCAACAACCAGCUCCCAAAUGGGGGAUUCCAGUUUGAGCUUUCCCACUCCCUCUCACCCUAUGCUGAGGAAAGCACCAUGCUCAAACUCACUGUUGAGGCCAUGGUCUACCCCUUGAUCCUCAGGAGAACCAAGAGAUUUUAUCUCAGGGACAUUGUCAACCCUGAUAGUCCCCAGAUUGUCAAGUGUCAGGAGGUUGGGGAGGAACUGAAUGUGACCAUUAAUCCACCGUCCAGCUGGUCCACUCCUCACAGUUUCUUCAGGCUGGAGCACCAGAUUCAAUACAAGCUUAAAGACGAUGGCAAGGUUGAAAACUCUUCAUCACUCCUGAUACCAAAGGGGAUCAGCAAGCUGAGGGUUCGCUGCAGAGACUCGGUGGUGCUCUCAACCUGGAGCCAGUGGACUCCUUGGAAAAAUGUAACCCACUGACCUUAUCUGAACCCAGCACUGUCUGCUCCCGCUCUUUCUUUGUUUUUACAUGUCUACAGUUUCCUGUCAUGUCCUCUCAUAUACCGUUUUCUAUGUGUAUGUGCCUGUCUCUGUUUGACCAAGAGAUAACACAGCACUCACUAGAGGCUCAGUAAUAAGUCAAAGGUUUUGUUUUAUAAGAGGAGCAAUACAGUACACCCUUAUUAUUUAUUUUUAUUUAUGACUAUUUAUUAUUUAUGGUAAAUCAUGCAUACAAAAAAUUAAGGAAGUUUCUCUAACUCAACAAAAGCACUACUAUUCCUCAAUUUGGGGCCUGGUAACCACCAGAAGUCCUUGUGAGGGCUAAUGGAGGUCCCCAUGAAAAGUAGACACUAGACACUAGUACUGCACACUCACUGUUACUGCCCAGCUUACAACACAGACAGUUCUAUGAAUCCAUACGAAACUGUAUAUACCAGCAAAAAAUAUCAGAUGGGGUUUUUUGUUCAAAUAGGAGGUGUCCAGUUCAAUUUGCACUUUAGACAGAAUUUCACAUCUCAUGUUUCGUGUCCCUGUUAUUUCUGUGUAAGUGAGUUGGCGUUGCUGUGUACUUUGGUGGUUUGGUGCUGUGCAAAACAAAUGGCUAUUAAAAGAGCUUUGUGCUUCCUUCCUUAUAUAUGUUCCUUCUUCAUUUAUGUGUUGUUGAUGACAUGUUUACACUUAUUGACCAGACUAGUAGAAAUCCCCUGUGAGUGUAACGCAGUGUCAAACCACAUUUACGCAUUUUAUGUAAAUCUUAGCAAAAGAGACAUAAAUAGAAACAAAAUAAAAUACCUUUAGUUACUAAUUGCCUACAAUAUUCCAGUAACAAUUAUAGUAUAUAUUUGUAUGUAAUAUAAUGACAACUAAUUACUGAUAAUUAUUGAUAAGCAAGUUACUCUAUAUUAAAGACUAGAGGCUACUCAUAAUAUUCAUCUGAUUUGAGUUGGCAAUGAAUAAGCAAUAGUAGUUUAGGUAGUAAAACAAUUACAUGUCUGGCAUCUUUUGAAUGGUCCUUGUAAUGUAAGAAGCAGGGCAAAUAAAAAUAAGAAAGGCAACAAGGCUAACAAGGAGAAACUCUCUCUCAGUGGCUGUCAGCUACACUAUAAUGCCAAUAUAUACAUUUUUUAAAAAACAUACUAAUAUUGUCAUUCAUCAGUGUUAAGCUUGUGUCAAUACAGACCCUUUGAGGCACCAACUGUAGGUAGCAAACAGCAAAAUGCAGCAAGGAUUUAUCAUAGCUGAACCUGCUAUACCAGACAGAUUUGUUAUAGACAGAAGCCUGCUGAUGACAUUAUGACAUUAGUUGCUAUGAAAUUCUGCACUGUUUUUUCAUGUAGGUCAUAAAAUUCUUUCAUUAGCAGGCAAAUAUUGUCAUCAAUUACUCAAUGCUAGUGGAAAGGCUGAAGGCUGAUGUUUAGAUUCUCCUAAACUUUGAAAUGUAAAAUCAAUAUAUUUGCUGACAGUUCCACAAAAGGGUAAAACUCUUACCCUGACAGCAUGACCCCACAUAGAGAUACCUUGGCAGAGCUUACUUGGCUUGAAGCUUGAGCAGUAAAUUACUAAUUACUUAUUAAUACUGUUAUGCAGAGAAAUAACAUGCUCCAGUGUGAAAGUAAUAUGAUACUGCAUUUCACUGAAAGUAACUAAACGGUAAGUAUUAAUGGGAACCAUUCUUGAUUUUUCAUAGCCAGAACUUGCAAGGACAAAUUGAAUAUGUAUCAAAGUUUGUAAGACUUGCAUUGCUUAUUCAGUUUUCUUAUCGCCAUUUCAGACCCUAAUCUGUCAUUAACUCA